AAGAUUGUGACACGAUUUUGUAGGCUGAGGUAUUAAUUAGUGAUUUCCUCCGCGAUUGUCAGAGAACUUCACAGCAAGUGACAACCGCAGCCACCAUGGCAGCAUACAGAGGAUUCUUGCUGCUCCUCAAAUUAGCUGGAUUCAUGUUUCUCAGCGUGUUCUGCUUUUACCAAUGGGACAUGUCACAAGAUAAGAGAGCGGAGAGAAUCCGUUGGCUGCAGGAACAGAGAAAGCAGCUGCUAAGAGAAAUGUGUGAUGGUGACGAAGGGGUCUUUCCUGAGGGGAGGCAGAGUUUAGAAGAUUUGAGUGACAAUGAGCUGAAGCACUUCAUUGUGGAUGACAAUCACGGCAUCAUCUACUGUUACAUUCCCAAGGUGGCUUGCACCAACUGGAAGUGGGUUAUGUUUGUCCUUAACAUGAGCGCGCCCUAUCAGGACCCCAUGUCCAUAGCUGGUGACAUGGUCCACCUCCCCAAAACGUUCACUCAGCUAAACAGUUUCCCAAGACAAGAGAUGAAGGUGAAGCUGAAGCACUACACCAAGUUCCUGUUUGUCCGGGACCCAUUCGUCCGUCUCAUCUCCGCCUACCGAAACAAGUUCCAGCGGCACAAUGAGUACUUCUAUCAACACUUUGGUCGGGACAUUCUGCGCCUGUACGCUAACCAGUCUGAUCCACCAGAGACAGAGGAUGAGGCUUUUGCUUCUGGCAUACGCCCAUCAUUUUACAACUUUAUUCAGUACCUGCUGGACCCACAGACAGAAAAGGAAGCCCCCUUUGAACCCCACUGGAGGCAGAUGCACCGUCUGUGCCAUCCCUGCCUCAUACAGUAUGAUUUUGUUGGCCAUCAGGAGACUCUCCAGCAGGACGCUGAACAGCUGCUGAAGAUGUUGAAGCUAGAGGAUGACAUCAAGUUCCCUCCUUCCUAUGAAAACAUGACUUCCUCUGCUUCUGUGUUGGACUGGUUCAGCACAGUGCCCCUAGAGGCCAGGAGGAAGCUGUACGAGCUCUAUGAGAUGGACUUCAGGCUCUUUGGCUACAGAAAGCCUUUUGAACUGCUUGAUGGUUGAGAUGACGGCAUGAUUUGGACUCCAGUCUUCCCCAUACAAUAUUGGAAAUGACCAAUAUUUUACGAAUUGCCUUUCCCAAAAACAGGCAUGUAUGCACUGAGAUACAGCUCACUUUUCCCCCCACUGAUAGGGUGAUGAACUUCACUUGUUUGUGAAAAUAGUUGGUGUAAAGUAUCAUAUGAAUAUUUCUAUUUUUUUUUAUUUCACACAAGAGGGUUUCAAUACGUGCAUGUUUCCACACUGUCAAAGGUCAAAGUUCUAUGAUUAAAUGCACUUUCUUAUUGUGUUACAUGUAGUAAAUAAAUUUCACUUUGAAAUGUGCAGGCAGGAGCUAGGUGGCUUUUAUUAUUUACAAGUAUUCGAGUAAACGUAUGCAGACACAUACUCUCUCUCACCAUACGCUCACACAAGAUGCAAAAAGCUGCAGUAUUCAGCAGGAUUGCACAAAAAGUAAAAUAUUUUCGUUUUUCAUCCCACUCACCAUUAUAAUUUUACCUCAGAUAGAAAGACGACUUCAAGGACAAUUGAAGAUGAGGCUGACGAUCAGCUCUUAGAGAAAUUGAUUGCUCCUUUGUCUUCCCUUUAAGUGACUGGAGCAAGGAGAACACACUUUUGACCAUUCAUCAACUUCUUAACACAUCAGUCGGAGGGCAAA